CAUCUUGCCGGUUUUACUGCGGGAUUGCAAUUAGUAGUUCAGUAACGCACAUGGUUUUCUGACGCCCUUGCUCUUCGUUGUUACUGUAUCGCUAAGCAUCUCUUACUAUUUACGUAAUCUUUUCCUUGUUGCUUCUGAGAUAUAUUUUAUAAAAAAAAUAUGAAUUUCCUAUCUGUUCUCCGACCCUUGAUGACCCGCCGCAUUGCUGUGAACAUCAGAAGAAAUUAUGCAAAAGACAUAAAAUUUGGGCCAGAAGUGCGGGCUCUGAUGUUGCAAGGCGUUGAUGUGUUAGCUGAUGCAGUUGCAGUCACAAUGGGUCCCAAGGGAAGAAAUGUUAUUAUUGAACAAUCUUGGGGAUCUCCUAAAAUUACUAAAGAUGGUGUUACUGUUGCAAAAGCCAUAGAAUUAAAAGAUAAAUUUCAAAAUAUUGGUGCCAAACUUGUUCAAGAUGUUGCAAAUAAUACCAAUGAAGAAGCAGGAGAUGGUACUACUACAGCAACUGUUUUGGCCCGAGCUAUUGCAAAGGAAGGAUUCGAAAAAAUAAGUAAAGGAACAAAUCCUAUUGAAUUCAGAAAAGGUGUUAUGAUGGCUGUUGAAAAGAUUGUAGAUGAAUUGAAGAAGAAUUCUAAGCCUGUUACAACACCUGAAGAGAUUGCUCAAGUUGCUACAAUAUCAGCAAAUGGUGAUAGGGCUAUUGGAGAUUUAAUUUCUAAUGCAAUGAAAAAGGUUGGAAAUGAUGGCGUUAUUACUGUCAAAGAUGGAAAAACUUUAAUUGAUGAAUUAGAAGUAAUUGAAGGAAUGAAGUUUGAUAGGGGUUACAUUUCACCUUAUUUCAUCAACACUGCCAAAGGUGCUAAAGUGGAAUAUCAAGAUUCUCUAGUUUUGUUCAGUGAAAAGAAAAUAUCUAGUGUCCAAUCUAUAAUACCUGCCUUAGAAUUAGCAAAUCAAAAAAGGAAACCCCUUAUAAUUAUUGCUGAGGAUGUUGAUGGAGAAGCUUUAAGUACAAUGGUAUUAAAUAGGUUAAAAGUAGGCCUUCAAGUAGCUGCUGUUAAAGCACCUGGUUUUGGAGACAAUAGAAAAAACACUCUUCAUGAUAUGGCUAUUGCAACUGGAGGUAUUGUCUUUGGAGAUGAUGCUGACCUGGUAAAAUUAGAAGACCUUCAGCCACAUGAUCUUGGUGAAGUUUCCGAGGUUGUUAUCACAAAAGAUGACACAUUACUGCUUAAGGGCAAAGGUAAUAAAGCUGAUAUUGAUAGGAGAGUUGCUCAAAUCAAAGAUGAAAUUGAACAGACUACUUCACAGUAUGAAAAGGAAAAAUUACAAGAACGACUUGCUCGUUUAUCUAAUGGUGUCGCACUUUUAAAGGUUGGAGGCUCAAGUGAAGUAGAAGUGAAUGAAAAGAAAGACAGAGUUAAUGAUGCAUUGAAUGCUACUCGAGCAGCAGUUGAAGAAGGCAUUGUUGCAGGAGGUGGAACUGCUUUGUUACGUUGUCUUCCUGCUCUUGACCAAAUAAAAGUAGAAAAUGAAGACCAAAGGACUGGUAUUGAUAUAGUUAGGAAAUCAUUAAAAAUGCCAUGCACUCAGAUUGCAUUAAAUGCUGGAGUUGAUGCUGCUGUAGUAACACAAAAAGUCUUAGAUGGCAAAGGAGAUUAUGGUUAUGAUGCAAUGAAGGGAGAAUAUGUAAACAUGAUUGAAGCUGGUAUAAUUGAUCCUACUAAGGUUGUCAGGACAGCCCUUUUAGAUGCAGCUGGUGUUGCAUCAUUGCUUACAACAGCAGAAUCAGUUAUUACAGAAAUCCCCAAGGAAGAGAAAAUGCCCAUGGGAGGUGGUAUGGGUGGCAUGGGAGGAAUGGGUGGUUAUGAUAUGUAAAAAUUAGAUGCAAUUAGAACAGAUGGACACUUUUUUUAUAAGAAAUAGUCAGGGACAUGGAUCGAAAAUCAUGUUUUGCAAGAAUCAAUGCAUUUGAAUCACGCCAUUCCUAUAUUUUGUUCAGUGUUUCACAUUUUUGUUAAUUCAUUGUAGUAUCAUGUUAAAUAAACAAAUUUUUUUAUUA